UUUUGUGAAAGUGAAAGGGCUGCCUGAAAGAAGAACCACAACCUUCAGAAGUAACUUUCGUUAGCGAGUAUACUACUAUUGCUAUUGCUAUUGCUAUUGCUAUUAAUAGUGCUAGUACUGGGCUAUCUGAUCAGAUCAAGAUGAAGUUCUCGAGCAGUGUGUGUGUUACUGCGGUGAGCAUGUGCAUGUCCUUGUCAUUCAAUAGCAAGGUUGCGUCUGUCUCUGGUGCCAAGGAGUACGAGUGGUCUACUAGCUCGUAUGAGAUAUGGGGUUCUGAUCAAUCGAAUUCCGUUGCCAAUCAGACAGCGUUGGGAGUUGCGGGAAGUUUCUUGUGGAUUUGGGACGCCGAGGAUCUCAAGGAGACCAUUAAUAUUCAGCUUCAGGCAGAGCAAGGCUCCGUCUCUACCAAGUCCGGCGAAGCUCCAGCACCAAAGUCGUGUUCGCCUGAUCAAGACAAAGGCCCGUGUGACUUGUUCACCAUUUACCCUGCAGAGCUGACUGACUCGGUGUCGGGAGAAACACUCACUCAAGUCGCUGGAUUUGGCCGUUGGCAUGGCGUCACCAAGGAUCCUCAAAACAAAUAUGUAACGGCCAAUAUCUUUGCUCCUGCUGGAGGAUUUCUCGGCAUUGUAGAUGCCACUACCAAAGCUGCAGUGGCUCUCUUUAGAAUGACCGAAGCCACGUAUUCCACGGGAGACGACCAGGAUGCUACCAAUCGCAACGUUCACAUGAGUUUCUGGAAUGGAGAUGGAUCGGCGAUUCUUGUGCACAACUUGGCAGGCAAAGUCCUGGAACGCAUCAACAUUGAGCGCAAUGAGGAUGGCAAGAUUACUGGCGCCUUUCUGGACAAGAGUGCUGCGGUAGGAUUGGGAAAGGGCAUGAGUGUUGCCACCGAAGCCUCGUUCUUUGAAGGAAGCAAUGCCUUUGGAGAUGCCCUACUCGGCGGUCUCGUGGGGUCCUACGAUGAAGCUGAUUUCGACGAUGCUACCCCUUCAGGAGCCUGCAAAGAAAAUGGAUGUGCGGUGGGAGUGGAUGCUGGAAGACCAAACAACUUGCCCAUUUGUCCCAUUAUCGAUGGUCACACUGGGCUCGUCUUUAACACUCUGGCCGGUGGGGGCCUCCUGGUUGUGGAUUCCACAAAGACUCCCAUGACCAUUGUAGGAGGCUAUGGAAACGAUGUCAUUUAUGGAGCUGGCGUUUGUGGUACACAAGUUGGGGACAUGGUUUACUUUACCAGUGGGGCUUCUGCUUCCGGUGCAGGAGCAACCCAAUCCUUGUUUACCGUCUAUGCCCUCGAUCCAACCCAGUACGACACCAACGCCACGAGCUACGAAGAAAACAUGCCAGAGGCUACCGUGGUCUUUGACGACCCCGCGGGAACGGCGACAGGUGGAAAAUUGACGCGCGAAGCAGAGAAUCUGUCUGGACAAAUUCCUGGAACCACCACGCGUCGCGAUGCCCAUGAUCUCGCUGGAACCAUCGACAACAAGUACGUUCACGUGGUCGAUCGCGUUCAAAACGUCAUUGAAGUAAUGGAUGCCAUGACGAAUGAACGCGUAGGAACCUAUGAUCUCACCACUGCUACUGGCGUUGCCGGGGACGGAACCGUGGGGCCUUGUAACGUUGCUUCCGUGACGGAUGGAGGAGACGAGUUUCCCAUCAACGAUCCGGCACCCGAUUUCAUUGAUGCCACGCCCGAUGGAAAAUACAUGAUCCUUUCCUUGCGUGGUCCAGCUCCCGUUUCGGCAGGCCAUGCGGCACAAGGAUCCUGCCCAGGUGUUGGCGUCGUGGAACUGCUGGAGGGAGGAAAAUCGGGAAAAAUGGUCGGGGUCUUGCGCAGUACCAACUCGGUGCCGGAUGAUGUGGGGGAAAUUGCUCCUACCGGUGGAGCCGUUUACCCGGGAGACGAACGAAGUGAUGUUCACGAUGCUGUUGUAAUCUUUCAUGCAGAAGACGACCAUGCUCACUCCUCGGGUGGGGGUGAAGAAUCAGAAAGCGCUGGAGGUGACUCGGAGAGUGCUGGUGACGAGACUAUGGAGGAUGGUAAGGAGUCGGCGGCCAACCGUGGCUCUUGGAUGAUGGCCGUUGCCGCGGCUGCUGCUUUCGCCGUGGUGGUGGUGUAAAUGGAGUUCUUGAACGGGCACUUGGGUGUGGCACUGGCACGGUAGUUAUACUUGCGCAAAUGUAUCUUAUGUGGUUGUCUACAAAUGAAAAGAUGGAAGAAUAUAGAAAAGUGUUUUUUCCAGUUGC